AUGGCGGCACUUCUCUCCUGCCAGCAGGUGGACAACACUCUACAUAUUCCCCCCUCAUAUUGUCGAAGUGGCUUUGAUUUUUCGCUGCUCUUCGAAGAGUUAAUCCUGGGGGUAUUACCUUUGGGCGUUGUUCUGUUGUUAAUACCUUUCCAAGUCGGUCAUCUAUUAGGAAGACCGCGCAAAGUCGUAGCUUCUUGGCUGGCAUGGGCAAAGACAGUGUCAUGGCUCGCAUUAAGCGUCAUAAAUCUGGCCCUGACGGUUCUCUGGGCCCUUCCAUCUGCGACACGAACGGACGCCUCAGUUGCUGCGAACGCUGUAUUGACCGUGGGAAUUCUGCUACUCUGUCUUUUCUCGUAUGCAGAACACAAUCUGUCAGUCAGGCCGUCUUUUCUUCUCAACGUUUACCUUGGCGCGACUCUACUUUUCGACAUAGCGAAAACGCGAACGCUCUGGCUGCGGCAUCCUGAGGAGAUCAAUCAAGUUAUCGCGAUUCUUACUGCCGUGGGUACUGGGCUCAAAAUUCUUCUUCUCAUCCUCGAAGCCACGGAAAAGCGAUACAUCCUCAGACAUCCGUAUCAAGACUACCCGCCCGAAGCUCUCGCGGGCAUCUACAACAGGUCUUUCUUCUGGUGGCUGAAUGCUCUGUUCCGUCGCGGGUUUUCCAAGGUCCUGGGUGUUGAUGAUUUGUUUGCCCUCGACAAACAGUUGGAAUCCAGGAGGCUGCACCGUAUCUUGAAGGGUGUGGUUGCCAAGGACAAGGAAAAUGGUGGAAGCUCGCUGUUGUCCGCCUGCCUGAAGGCGUUCAAAUGGCCAAUUUUAGCCGUGAUUCCGCCACGGAUCAUGCUGGCUGCCCUCAAUAUUUGCCAACCCCUGUUGCUGGAAAGGUCUCUAUCAUUCUCCGAGCAGCCUGUGAGCAAAAGCACGGAUAACAUUGGAUAUGGUCUAAUUGGUGCAUAUAUACUCGUUUAUGUUGGGCUGGGAGUUACCAUGGGCCAAUAUCAGCAUCUAACAUAUCGAUCCAUCACAAUGGUCAGAGGCGGAGUAGUUUCUAUGAUCUACGAAAAAGCGUGCACCUUGAGUACUAAAGACGCGGAUCCGGCUUCUUCUGUCACAUUGAUGAGCGCAGACAUCGAGAGAAUCGUGCAAGGUUGGCAGACUAUGCAUGAUAUCUGGGGCAAUGCCCUCGAGAUCGGUCUGGCUAUCUACCUCCUCGAACGGCAAUUGGGCUUAUCUUGCGUCGUCCCUGUUGGUGUCGCUGUUGCAAUGUCUUUCGUCAUGUCAAGACAAGCUAGGUGGCUUGAGGCUAUUGAGAGGCGCAUCUCAUCAACAUCAUCUAUGCUUGGUUCUAUGAAAGGCAUCAAGAUGCUUGGUCUUCAAUCAGCGCUUCUUAAAAGUGUUCAUGGUCUACGUCUGGACGAGUUGAGUAUCUCCAGGAAAUUCCGGAAGCUUCUGGUCUGGAAUAUGGCCCUUGCUUGGCUGACGCGCAUAUUUGCGCCUAUUUUCGCCUUCGGGGCUUUCGUCGGAAUCUCUCACGAUCGAGGAAAUGAUGCCGCCUUAACGACCUCAGUUGUCUAUACAUCGUUGUCUCUGUUUUCGCUCUUGUCUGACCCUCUGUUGUCUCUCGUCAUGGCUCUAAUGAAUUUUGCUGGGUCAGUUGGGUCGUUCAAGAGAAUUGAGGAAUUUCUCGAACACAAGGAGCACAUCGAUCCCAGAAACAAGUCGACCGGGCUUUCAUCCUACGCGCUGGACGAAAAGUCCCAUUUGGCUCUAAUCAAGGACACAGAGUUUAGCACGACUGAGUCAAGAUCAACUUCUUUCCCAUCGUCAAAGGAAAGUUUGCCUUCAUCAGUUCGAGAUGUUGUCACUAUCCAAAACGGCGCAUUUGGAUGGGAUACGACCAAGGAGCCAUUGCUGAAGAACUUGACCAUGUCAAUUCCCCAAGGUGGCUUCACUCUACUGAUCGGUCCCUCUGGUUGCGGAAAGUCUACACUACUGAAAGCCUUCCUUGGAGAAGUGCCUUGCCUCCAGGGGAACAUCCAACUUUCCCUCGAUAGCCUCAGCUUCUGCGAGCAGACUCCUUGGCACAUGAACGGAACCAUCCGUGAUUGUAUUGUCGCCAUGUCUGCCUUUGAUAGCCAAUGGUAUAACUCAGUUAUAUACGCCUGUGCUUUGGCUGAGGACUUUGAACAGUUACCACGGGGUGACCAGACGGUGAUCGGGAGCAAGGGUGUUGCUCUCAGUGGUGGUCAAAGUCAACGCAUUGCACUAGCCAGAGCAGUCUAUUCUCGCAAAAGUGUUAUCAUUCUAGAUGAUGUGUUCAGCAGCUUGGAUGCCACAACCGAAGAUCAUAUCUUCCACCACCUGAUUGGGAACCAAGGUCUCCUGCGUUCGAUAGAUUCGACCAUUAUAUUCGCGUCUUCUUCGGUGAAACGUGCUCCUUAUGCAGACCACAUUGUCGUACUUGACAAGAACGGACAUGUGAUAGAGCAAGGAAGCUUCAAGGCCCUUGACGCAACUGGUGGCUAUGUUUCCAGUUUUGCUCUUGGUCUUCCCGAUUGGGGCUACAAAGCAGAUUUGUUCCCCGCAUCAGGUGUUCAGGUGGAAACGAUAGAAAAGCCGAAAAUUGCAAAUACUCAAGCUGAGCCCGGUGUCGAUACAGAAACACAAGGGAAAGGCGGGGACUUGUCGAUCUACCUAUACUACGUCAAAGCUAUUGGUUGGAUUCCUACCAUUAUCUUUCUUGUGGCUAUAGCGAGCUUUGUCUUCUGCAUAUCUUUUCCAAGCAUAUGGGUGAACUGGUGGGCCAGCUCGAAUGAGGCGGAACCUGGCAAGCACACAGGAUACUAUCUCGGGAUAUAUGCUAUGCUCGGUGUUAUUGGCAUGCUCUGCCUCAUGGUUGGUUGUUGGCAAAUGGUGAUUACUAUGGUGCCAAAAUCUGGAGAGGUCUUCCACCGGAAGCUCUUGACUACAGUCCUCAGUGCGCCGAUGUUGUUCUUCUCCAAGACUGAUAGCGGUGCUAUUCUCAACAGAUUCAGUCAGGAUUUGCAGCUCAUCGACAUGGAACUUCCUAUCGCUGCUAUCAACACAUUUGCAACUCUCGCUCUCUGCAUAGCUCAGAUGAUCUUGAUAGCCGUUGCUUCGAAAUACGCCGCUAUCUCAUUCCCAUUGGUGAUUCUCAUCGUCUACCUUAUACAGAAGAUGUAUCUCCGGACAUCUCGACAACUGCGGCUCCUAGAUCUGGAAGAGAAGGCACCACUUUUCUCACAUUUUACCGAUUGUCUUAGUGGUCUGGUUACCCUAAGAGCCUUUGGGUGGCAACAGGCCUUGCAAGAGAAGAAUGACAUGCUGCUGGAUCGUUCCCAAAGACCUUUCUACCUUCUAUACGCCAUCCAACGCUGGCUUACACUCAGCCUAGAUAUGGUGGUUGCAGGCAUUGCAGUUUUGCUCAUUGUGCUUGUUGUGGUGCUUAGGGGCUCAAUUAGCGCAGGGUACGUUGGAGUGGCAUUGCUAAACGUCAUCCAGUUCAGCCAAAGCAUCAAACUGCUGAUAACCUUCUGGACGAAUCUUGAAACACACAUUGGCUCGAUCCAUCGUGUCAGAACAUUCACAGAAGAUGUACCGUCUGAGGAUCUACCUUCGGAAAACCGUGAGAUACCACCGGAGUGGCCAUCGAACGGAGAGAUCGAGUUCAAAUCAGUGUCUGCAGAAUAUAGGGCCUCUGAGCCGGUCCUUCAAGAAGUAUCACUGACCAUACAUGGUGGUGAAAAGGUGGGUAUUUGCGGCAGGACUGGAAGUGGUAAAACAUCACUCAUCAUGAGCAUGUUCCGUAUGGUGGAUAUCACUACCGGCCAUAUUAUGAUUGACGGACUCGACAUAAGCCAAUUGCCACGUCAGGGAAUCCGCUCGCGGAUCAAUGGGGUUUCUCAGAGCCCCCUUCUCAUGAAGGGUAGUGUGAGAGCGAAUGCCGAUCCGACGGGAUGCUUCUCUGAUGAAGCCAUUACGCAUGCUCUCAAGAGCGUGGGCCUGUAUUCCAAGGUCCAGGAGAAAGGCGGCCUUGACGUCGACAUCGAUGAUCUCUUCCUAUCUCAUGGCCAGCAACAGCUAUUCUGUCUCGCACGAGCCAUUCUCCGGCCAGGAAAUAUCCUUGUCCUUGAUGAAGCCACAAGCAGUGUGGACACCAAAACCGACGAAAUAAUGCAACGGAUCAUCCGCGAAAAGUUUAGCUCCCACACCAUUCUCACCGUUGCGCACAAACUUGACACGAUUCUCGACUACGACAAGGUUGUAGUUCUAGACGCGGGUCGUAUAGUGGAGUGCGGAAACCCGCAUACCCUGCUCUGUUCAGACAAGUCACACUUUAGCAGACUUUAUGCAAGUUUGGCGAUGGAUGAACAGGAGGAGUCGCCCCAGGCUUAG